UGCAUCGCUAGCACAGUUGGUCCGAGCUGCCGAAAGGUCUGGUCGCAGAGACAGGAACGCGUAAUCCUCAGCGUGCUCCAGCCCACAGCUUCGCUCUACUGCUCGGCAGGGCAGCUGGCCUCUGGGCACCGGCGGCCCCUCUGCUUCGCGGAAAAGCCUGAUGAAGUCCUCCGAUAUUGAUCAGGAUUUAUUCACAGACAGUUACUGCAAGGUGUGCAGUGCACAGCUGAUCUCCGAAUCGCAGCGUGUGGCCCACUACGAGAGUCGAAAACAUGCAAGCAAAGUCCGACUGUAUUACAUGCUUCACCCCAGGGAUGGAGGGUGUCCUGCCAAGAGGCUCCGGUCAGAAAAUGGAAGUGAUGCCGACAUGGUGGAUAAGAACAAGUGCUGCACACUCUGCAACAUGUCAUUCACUUCAGCGGUGGUGGCCGAUUCCCAUUAUCAAGGCAAAAUCCACGCCAAGAGGUUAAAACUCUUGCUAGGAGAGAAGACCCCAUUAAAGACCACAGCAACACCCCUGAGCCCACUUAAGCCCCCACGGAUGGACACUGCUCCGGCGGUCGCAUCUCCCUAUCAAAGAAGAGAUUCAGACAGAUACUGUGGGCUCUGUGCAGCCUGGUUUAAUAACCCUCUGAUGGCCCAGCAACAUUAUGAUGGCAAGAAACACAAAAAGAAUGCGGCAAGAGUUGCUUUGUUAGAACAACUGGGGACAACCCUGGAUAUGGGGGAACUGAGAGGUCUGAGGCGCAAUUACAGAUGUACCAUCUGCAGUGUCUCCCUAAACUCAAUAGAACAGUAUCAUGCCCAUCUGAAAGGAUCUAAACACCAGACCAACCUGAAGAAUAAGUAGUGAAAGCAUCAAUCAAGAGAUAAGAACAAAACAUCAGCAUUUCUCUGCCGUGGAGAAUUGCUUAUCAACCACCAGAGGAGGCUUCUUUCUUGAACAAUAAACAUUUCUUACAAGGAUUCACAGAUUCACAUACGACUGAUCUUGAUUUUUGGAAAUGAAUGAGGUUUCUUUUUUCUUUUUCCUUUUUUUAAUUUUGGGGUAAGUUAUGAUAUUUGGAUGGAUUUUUAAAUUCUUUCCUGAUAACAUAUUUAGCACAUGUUCUAAAUUAUAAUCCUAUAGCAAACAGUUGGAGCAUUAUUCAAACUGAAAGUGGAAAAAUUUAAAUUUCCAAUUUAUUCUAGAUUUCCUCAGAGCAUAAUUAUUCUGUUAAAUCCUCAAUGAGUGUGAUGUAAACCACCUCUAUCCAGAAAUAUACAUUCUUUUCUCAUCAUGUUGGACACAGUUGAGGGUGACAUGCACAGAACUGGAACAGAUCACUAUUAGUGGAAAAUACCAAAUGGACAAAUAAAUACCAGUCGUUCUCCGUUCUCCAAGCACAGGAGCCAGGUUUACCAUCUGAACAAUGAAGACGAAGGGAGUAAAUAAAGGAAGAAUUCUCAUCUUUUUUCCUGAUCAUUCAAAGAACAGUUUCUCAAGGUUAAGCCAAGUCCUCCUUGCAAGUUGCCAAAUAAUAGCUUAGGAAAAGAAUUAGUCUGCCUGCAUGAUGAUCUUCUUAGGCAAAAACGUCUUCACAGCCCUUGACCUUGGUGAAUUUUUUUCCCCAAAAGCAUCUAAAAGAAGAAUUAUAAACCCCAGAAUGAGAUGGAAAUAAACAAGUAUUUUUUUUUAUGAUGUUUGGCCUGAACUGUGGGCUUUAAUUGGGGGAUACUGAUCGUUUGGAAAGAAGUGAGAAAAUUCUGAAGAAAUGGCGGCCUUGGGCUAGGCGGGGUCCCCUAUUUCUUCUGUUUCUCACUGAAGUCCUACUGCUGAGCCAAGACUCAGUCACUCUGGAAAGAGCAUGACCGAUAAGGAAAACAGUUCCUUUCUGAUGGGGAGCGUCUGAGUGCAGAUCAUGAGGCUCUUUCUCUAGGUUUAAUUCUUUUCCAUGGUGACCGGACUUGGUGUCUUGUAGCCUGGUUACGAAGUGGGACGUUGAGCUUCUACUGACGAUGCCCUGCAUGGACCAGCUGGGAUCUGGCUGGGGCUGCCCUGUGUCCCUAAGGACCAUAGGCAAUCCAUCUUCUUGUGUCAGCAAUUUCUGGACACCCACUGUUUUCCACCAAGAGCUUAGGUGGCAACAACUCAGUGAGCAAUAAACAAAAUGACACAGAAAUGCACAGUGUUGUUAUGAAGGAGCCUGUUUCCCUGUGUUCAAAAUCUGGCACCAUUCCCUUGAGCAGGGCCCGCUCAGGAGGGACCAGGUCUGCCAGUUUCUGUGCCUGCAGAGAGACGAAGCCCCACGAGCCACACCCUACUCUCCAAGAGGAAAGGGGGUUGGAUGGGAAGAAUCUAUUUUGCUGUUUUGGAAAGCACACAGCCGACCUACAAACCUCCUGUGAUGGUGUUUCUUCGGAUGUGUAAAAUAAGGCUUUAUUUGUCAAUUCCGCUGUAAAAUAAGCAUUGUCCAAGUAAAAACAGCAACAACAACAAAACACUGUUUCUGUUUGGGUUUAGUGAGUGAGCUUAUGCCCUAAAGUGCUGUGCUGUGUGUGUGUGUGUGUGUGUGUGUGUGUGUGUGUGUGUUUAAAAUAACCUAAUAUAGAAAAGUCUAUGAACAUAGAUUUCUUUUACUUUACAGAGAGGCUAUGCCAAACCCUUUAUAGAUAAUCUUCCGGCCAUAAUAAUCAGAUUAUUUCAGAAUUCCUCAUCUAAAUACCAUUGCUCCUUGGCAACCUGUCAAAUGCAAGUGAAUACCCUGCCAGAGGUUUUGUGUGUUUGUUUGUUUUCAAAUUUCUUUAUUUUUGCCCAUGCAGAUAAUGGAAAUUUUCAUUCUAGUGUACCCUGGAGAUGACAUAUUUAGUUUUAGGCAGGAAGGGGCUGCUAAUGUUGUUUACAUUUUGGGAAUUCUGGAAUGGAAAGAUUCCUACUUGGGAAGCUAGCUGUUUGUGGUUGUCUUUUCUGUUUGGUUUGCUGUGGUUAUGUUUGUUCAGCUAAGUCAUAUCUUACCUUCCCAUUUUUUUAUGAGUGGAUGGGAGUGGGAUGGAAGGUAAAUGUUUUCAAAUAACCAAAUCAAUUCUGAAGGAGAGGAAAGAGACCCACACAAACCCAGGUGUGUCCCUGUCUUACGUCCAGUCCACCCGGAGCUGCUGACACGUGGUCCCAGCAGAGACUCCGGGCAAGCUGAGAACAUGAGUCAAGUGAUUUUCUGUAAAAUGUUAAUUAAAGGGACCUAGGAGAGAACCCAUAUGUUUGAAAGAGUGAAGCUAUUCAAAUUAUCAAUAUUUAAAGUAUUUUUACUAUUCCAGAGUUUUUAUAAUAAUGUUAACUAAACUAACCAAAUACUGCCCAUUUAAAGUUUUGCUGCAGUGGGGGAAAAAUUAUUCAAAAUUAACAUAACACACAAGCUUAAUGGACUCCUUAUACUAUAUCAGAGUAAAAUUAUUUGUAUUUAAAAGGUUAGUGGUUACGUGGUUGAAAUUGUCUUCUUAAGAAGAUAAAACACUCCUAUAGUCUUGGUCAUGCAGUUAAUUUACUUUGCAAAAAGUUUUUCUCCGUCAGUACAGAGGUAAGCUUCAGGCUAGCACCUGUGCCAGAGGCCACAAACGCCACGGUAGUGAAACUCAAAUUAAUAGGUCUUCGUUAAAUUUAGUCUCCAAAGCCCAGUGAACUAAUAAAUAUAGUCAUAAAGUAAUCUGCUAAGUAGAGGGGACUACAGUGAUUCCUUUGGCUGAUAAAGGUAGCAAUAAAACUCUCAUCCACAAUUGCUUGACUACAAAGACAAAUAGGAUUUGUGUUUCACUUGCCUGUUAGAUGACAUAUAUAAGCAUAAAUUGGAACUGAAAGAGUCUUUACACUUUUAUAUUGACAUGAGUUUAUUAGGUCAACCAGACCAAAGGAUGAAAAAUUUAAGAUACAUGAAAAAUACUAAAAGUCCCAUAGGAAAAUUUGAGCCUUCUGGUUGGGGCUGGGGGUGGAGUGUGGGGGCAUCCUAACUCUUCCAAAGCUGAUAUUUUGAGUCGGAAAUUUCUGAUGGGUCAGUGUGAACAAAGAAUAUUAAAGCCCCACUAAGAAAAUUACCUUUUAAAACUGCCAGUUAAAUAACUAUACUCUCUCUAUAUUCCAUCCAAACAAAAUAUUCAUUGUUCACUUGACCCACUUAUAUGAGGAACUGUUUUUCUUUUGUGACCAGAAUAAGGAGGGUCCAAUCAACAUAUUUUUGUGAAGAUAGCCUUUUUUUUUUUCUGGCUUCUACCUAAUUUAUUUAUAAUAAAGACAAGCUAGGCUACCUCAUAGGAUUCUGGUGUGGAUUCGCUAAUUAAUAAACAUCAAGUGCUUAAAAAUAUGGAUCUCUGUAUAAAUCCUGCCUUAAUUUGUUUUCUAGUUUAAGAUGUGCAUGUCAAAUCAACUGUCUGAAUAUUUGAUUGUAAUAUUCAUGUUUGUAAAUUUGGCUUUAAAUUUAAGAUAUAAAAAUUUUGAUGUGAAAUGGAAUCCUAGCAUGGGUUGAGAGCAUCUAACCCAAGACUGGCAGAUAUAGCACCUAGGGAAACAAAAAGCACCUGGAAACCAAACCAAAAUGUUUUUAGAAGGCAUUUUUGACUGGGCGCAGUGGCUCACGCCUGUAAUCCCCGUACUUUGGGAGGCUGAGGCUGGCAGAUCUCUUGAGGUCAGGAGUUCAAGACUAGCAUGAUCAACAUGGUGAAACCCCAUCUCUACUAAAAAUACAAAAACUAACUGGCUGUAGUGGUGCAUGCCUGUAAUCCCAGCUGCUCCAGAGGCAGAGGCAGGAGAAUUGCUUGAAUCCAGGAUGCGGAGGUUGCAGUGAACCGACGUUGCGCCAUUGUACUUCAGCCUGUGUGACAGAGCAAGACUCUGUCUCAAAACAAACCAACCAACAAACAAACAAACUAAAAAAGUAUUUUAAAAGAAGGGAAGGAGGGAGUCUCAGCACUGGUUUGAGGAGUAUAUUAAGUAAUUCUGUGUUCUAAUAAUUAAAAUGCCAAGAUUCAUCAAUGAGUUAUAUAAAAAGUAGACAGGAUUUAAAGUGAAGACUAUGAUAAUGUAAUCCUUACUUCAUUCCCAUGUUGAGUGAAAGGUAAAGGGAAAUCAUAGCUAGUCCACAUAUUUCUAAAUACCUGCAAGAGAGACUGUGCAGACCAACUUGAUUUGUGUCUUCAUAGAAAAAUGUUGAGUACUAUUUUUUUAAAUGAUGUAGCCUAAAGAGAAAAGAAUUAAAUUAAUAUCUAACAGUUUCUUAGUAACACCAUCUGAAGGCUCUAUGGUAACUAGUUAAAAGAUGAUUUUACUGCUGGCUGAACUGUACUGCCAUUUUCCCCUUAUGAUUAAUUACUCCUUAGUCACUAUUCUGAGUAGCAGUUUUAUUUGCUAAUUUCAAAUGCCUCCACUUAAUUAGCAAUUCGUUCUGACCUUUAAAAACUACAUUCUAUAAUCUUCAAAUUACAUGAGCGAAGGAAAAAAAAUCCAAUUUUACCUGCCUCCCACCACCAGCCACCCAUAGCGGGUUACAUUGUUUCUGGGAUACCGUGAAACUACUGUACAGUGUCAUACUUGAGUUAACGGUGGUUGUUUGAAAUCCAGGCUAAAGUUCCCUCAUCCUUCAGGGGGUCAGUAGGUUCAGUGAGAGGUAAGGAUGCUCCAACUUCAGAGAGUUGAGGUAAUGUAUGAUGUAGCACAUCUGAAUGGUACGUUUUAUUUUUUUAAGUAAAGAAAAAUGAGAAAAGGUACACACAAUAAUGGAUUCCCUUUUGUAUCCUUACUCACAGCUCUCUUUUGAGAAUUCUCAGCACAUUUUCCACUUGAAUUGUUGCUCAAUUAAGUGUCUGACACUAAGACCAUCCAAAAUUAGCAAUAUGAGUUUUCCUUGGGGUUACCAAGUCAGUGGCCAAGGGGUCUACUUUGAGAUCAAUUUUUUAAAAUUCUCAUAUUUCUUGAAAUUGUCUUUAUUGUUGGAUGGGGUGUUAAUCAGGGUGAAUAACAUUAGUGCUAAUGAUUUUACUGUUGAUAAUUCAAAGAGUUACCAUGCUGAGUCAACCUCAUAUCCCAUUAAUCCAGUACUCUGACUGUAAAUAGUCUCUAAGAAUCUCAUAAUCAGGGGAUAUGAUUUGUGUCCCUGAUAUUAGUUCCAAGGAACUCGUUAAUACUAGAUAUGUGUAAGCAGAGAAGCCGGAAUAUUUCUCUAUUUUUCAAAAUUAUAAUAUUUUUGGCUGAUUUUGAGAAUAAUGGAAUCACGGGCAGUCACUAUGCAAGGAAGGCAUUCUACAGCAGCCCUUAUCCUCAGAGCCUCAGAGUCAGCACACCCUGCAGCGAAACCACAGCUCCUACCCUCAGCUGUCCCCAUUUGGAGGGCAUCCACGGUUGGCUUUAGGGCCAUCCAUACAUGGUUUAAGUUUGUCAUCCUUCUUGUGAAUCAAUUCUUCUUGUCACUUGUUAGAUCCACUUGGUGGCUUUCAUAUUGGUUGGCUCUAAGGACCCCAUUUUCAGAACGUUGGGGUGUUUAGUCCUUUUUUCCACCACUCUUUGGUUUAACCAGAGCACGUUGCUAUUAAAAAGGUGACUGGUAACAUGACAAUACAAUCGGUAUAUGGAAGAUAUUUGCCAUUUUGGAGACGUAUUUUUUUGAAAGCCAACAGGUUUCCACGUUCAACUAGUUAUAUGUCUAUAAGCUUCUUUCUUCAUUAUCCCCUUCUUUACCACUUAAUUGAAGGCCAAUUACAAGCCCAUCUCCUACAUCUUUAUAUAAGCUACCAUGUUUUGGUGUCCUUUAGGUGUAGAGAGUUUAAUUGUGAUGAAACCUGAUCAAGUACCCUUUAAAAGCCACCUAUGGGGGUAUGUAAUAAAAUGAUGUUCCCCCUGGGGAUUUGUAAAAAACAUUUAUUUCUUUGAUAGUGUUGAAUUGUAAAUGAACUAAGUGCUUGAGCUUUUAUUUUUCUAGUCACUCGUGGGUUCAAAAACUGCCCAUCUUCCUUAUGCAUGGCGAACCUUUCUCUAUGUGGAAUUGACUCAGUCUUUCUCCAUUUAUACUUAGUAACACAUCUUCAUUACUUUAGGGUCUCUUGUCUGUAGAUGUGCAGUGCAAGAAGGAAUACAGCCCCCACUUGUAGGAAAUGACUGAUACUCUCUGACUUAUUGCUGCGAUUUGAGGCAAAUAUAUCCUUUUUCUUUUGAAAUUAUCUUCUUUAGCCAACUUUUUCUGAGAAUUGAGAUGGGUACCCCUAAAAUGGAAAAACCAAUAAUAAAACCGAUUUCUGUGCUAAACUCUAGUUAUCCAGUUUAUAACAAGUAGUAAAAGGAUCAUUAUAUUAUGUUUAUCAUAUAUUUACAUAUUAAGUAAUUAAUUAUUGAAUAUAAAGCUUCAAAGAAUGUUCUUGUAGAGGAAAUGGUACAGGAGUUUGAAAACCUGUAUUUAGAAUAUGAUUCUGCCAUUCAUUGGUCUUGAGAUCUCGGGCAAGCUUCAGUUACCUAAUAUCUAAAGUGGGGAUAAUAGAAUUUCUUCUUGAGUCGUAAAGAGGAAACAAACUUACUACAUGCAUUUCUUCUUCUCUUCUCCACCAUCAAACUAGCUAAUAACUGUGCAGUCUAAUACAGAACCAUUGAAUGGAGAGCUGGAAGAUAUCUUUGAGACCAUGUUAUCCGUCUCCCUUAUUUUGAACAUUCUAGUUGUUAAAAAUAUGCCAUGAAAUAGAACCUUAUGAAGGAGAGGAUCAGCUCUAGUAUAACUCUUGUAGCAAAUAGCUCCCCAGAAAGGCAAAACUCAAAGUGUUCCAGAAGUUGUCAGUGUGAGUUCCCAAAAGGCACCUGUUUUCUCCUCCCCCUCAUCUUCACUCAUGUAUCUCUGCCAGCAUCCCCUCCUGCCCCUCAAGCCUCAUGCCUCUCUGCCAGCAGCCAGUCAGGCUUUUAAUCAGUAUGAGGACCUCACCCUUGCAUGUGGCUGAAGAAUAUUCAAGUAAGGAGAUGGGCCAGUUACAAGCCCUUCUCCUACCUCUUUAUGUAAGCUACUAUCUCUUGGUGUCUGGGAGCAGCUGGCGAGGAGGGCCUGAGAUCAAUUUUACUCCAGCACAGAAGGAAAAGACAUGCUGCUUCGCAACAUUUUCCCACAGGAAGAGCAGAGUUCAACAUAUGUUCUUAUAUAGUAUUUGUAUGCAGCGUACAUACAUAUAUGCAUAUAAAUAUAAAUCGACUACAGCACGGCCUAUUUAUUUUGACAUUCUUUCCUGUUCUUUAGUGAGGUGCAGAAUGAAUAACACAGCUGUGGAUGUCUCCCCUUUGUUCUUUUGUCUCAUGAUAGGAGCCAUUUAACUAAACAUGAAGCUGGAUUUAUGACCGCCAGUCUGUUUGAGUGGUAAUAAAUGUCAGACAGACAUUGCUGAGUCAUAAACUCAGUGAGUUUGAGCCUAACUCACUGCGUAAAUCAGCUUUCUACACGUUAGCCCCAAAUUCCAGAAAGUUGGCUCACUACAAACGGACAUGAAGCUCCAACAACCCAGUCUUCCAAAUAUGUCUGCAGCUUGACACCCUGAUUUUUUUUUACUGUUGACUGAUUAGAAUGCUGUCUUUGUUCAGAAAUUUGCCCUAUGAUUCAAGGAGUUCUUCACGUCAUGAAUACCAGAGAAGCAAGCAUGUGGUUGGUGUGUAGACAGAAUCCUCAUGAUUGGGGGUGGACAGUGAAUUCCCGUGGGUUGGAGCCUACUUAUUUCUGCUUAGUUCUGUGCGAAGCAUGAUAGGUUUAGGAAGUCCCUGAGCCAAUGAGAGCCCUGCUUGGCAAUGAGAGAGGUCUGGGAAUACACUGUUGCCCUUCUACCUAGAACCUGGGGUUCCUGUGCUAUUCACACUGCUACGUAUUCACUUAUCUGGCUUUGGUCUCCUUGUACAGUCCUCAACAUGUGCCCCAAGUGAUGACUGCUCUGUCUAGCACUCUACUCUUAGGUCCCUUUUCAUGGAGCCUGGUCCCUAAAUGGAAGUUGUGUUUAUUUCACCAGCCCCCUCAAUCUUGAUGAGGUGUGCUACUAUUUUUCCCCUGCAGAGGUGAGUUCUGUUCUGGUUAGCUCUUUUAUGCCAGCAAUUACUAAGCUUCCAACCUUUUUCAUGCUAGGAGUCUUCUCAUCAACUGUGGACAGGACACUGACAGUCCAACAAGUAGAGAAAAACAGUGGAGGCAUGAGUUUAUAUGGUCUGCACACUUUUUUAUAAAAAAACCAGCUUCACUGGUUCAGGUAUCUGAAUGGAUUAAAUAAAUUGUUCACAGAAUUAAAAAUGAAUGUAAUUUGAAACUCUGCCUAUGAAUUGGAAGCAUCAAAAUGCAGUCACAAAAAGGGAACUGAAAUUUAGGAGACAGUGGUUUUAGCCAUGUUCUCCCAGUAGAGAAACUUGGGACUUUGUAAAGCAAGUUACUUUUAUUUCUCCAGCCCCAACUUUUUAAGGUAAAACUAGGGGGAGAUGGAUCUAAUGGUCCCAGUUACUGCCCUGUAUAUUUGAAAUCAAUGGAAUAUUAAAGAAAGUGACUGUGCAUUUUUACUGCCAUAGAUUAUAACAAAGUAGUACAGCGUGCUUUAAGUUAAUUUCAGUAUUUAAGAAUGUGAAUUAAAACAACUCAGAAAAGUGAAUUUGAAAAGAGCACACGAGGAUAGCACUGAUGCUGCCUGCAUCAGUAAAUGAAAUUUGCAAUGAUUUUGUCUGGAAUAUUACACUAGCAUCAACUCCCAAAUGUGUCCAGGGCAUUUCUGGAUUUUACCCUGUGCCCUUAGCUUUUACUCUGAUGCCAUCUCCACUGGCCUGUCAUAUAAUAUGGUUUCUGACUCAUUUACUUUUCAUUAUUGCGGAUGUGCAAUUGUCCAAUAUGUCCCUGGUUUCAGUUUACAGUGACAGAGCUGCCUUAGUUCUGUAACCAAAUAUGUAAAGCAAUUUAAAUAAUUAAAACAAUUUAAAAAAAGAAUAUUGACUUCAAGAUCAAAUCAAUAUGUAGGUUACAGGGAGCAGAAGGAAAGUUCUCAUCCCAGCCACAGUGACAGAGUAUUCUGCAGCCUAUGUGUUGUCAGAACCAUGCACAUGGUUCUAUGGUGUUCUGUUUCACAGCAGGGUGAAUACAGUUAACAAUAAUUUAUUGCAUAUUUCAAAAUAUCUGGAAAAGAGGAUUCUGAAUGUUCUUACCACAAAGAAAUUAUAAAUGUAUGAGAUGAUGGUUGUGUUAAUUAUUCUCAUUUGAUGAUUACACAAUGUAUAGAUGUAUUGAAAUAUCACACUGUACCCCAUAAAUAUAUAUAGUUAUGAAGUGUCAAUAAAACGCUGAACAAAUUAGACAUAGAAGGAAUGUAUCUCAACACAAUUAAGGUCAUAUAUGACAAACCCACAGCUAAUAUCACACUGAAUGGAAAAAUGUUGAAAUCUUUUUCUCUAAAAUCUGAAACAAGACAAGGAUGCCAACCCUCACUACUCUUAUUCAAGAUAGUACUGGAAGUCCUUGCCAGAGCAAUUUGGUAAGAGAAAUAAAGGACAUCCAAAUUGGAAAGAAAGAAGUUAAAUUGUCCCCGUUGGCAGAUGACAUAAUAUUGUAUAUCUAUAUAGAAAACACUACAUAUAUAUAUAUAUAUAUAUGAAAUGCUACAGACUCCACUAAAAAAUUCAAAACUGAUACACAAAUUCAGUAAAGUUGCAGGAUACAAAAUCGACAUAGAAAAAGCAGUAGCAUUUUAUACCUUAAUAGCGAACUAUCUAAAGGAGGAAACAAGAAAACAAUCCUAUUUGCAAUAGUUACAAAAAAAUACAUAGAUGUAAGUUUAACUAAGGAGAUGAAAGAUUUCUACACUAAAACUAUAAAACAUUGGCAAAAGAAAUUGAAAAGACACAACUUAAUGGAACGAUAGCCCACACUCAUUGAUUAAAAGUAUUAAUAUUGUUAAAAUGUUCAUACUACCCAAAGCAAUCUACAGAUUCAAUGCAAUCCCUAUCACAAUACCAAUGACAUUUUUCACAGCAAUAUGAAGUCACUACCUGACUUCAAAAUAUACUACAAAGCUAUAGUAAUCAAAACAGCAUGGAAUUGGCAUAAAAAUUGACACAUAGAUCAAUGCAACAGAAUAGAGAACCCAGAAAUAAAUCCACACACUUACAGCCAACUGAUUUUUGACAAAGAUGCCAAAAACACACAAUAGAGAAAGAACAUUGUCUUUAAUAAAUAGUGCUAGAAAAAUUUGAUAUUCAUAUGCAGAAUAAUGAAGGUAGACCCCUUUUUUCUCACAAUACACAAACAUCAACUCAAAAUUAAUUAAGAGUUAAAUAUAGGGCCUGGAAUGAUAAAACAAUUAGAAGCAAACACAGAGGAAACACAUCAUGAUACUGGUAUAGGCAAAGAUUUUUUGCAUAAGACCCCAAAAGUACAGUCAUAAAGGUGAACAUUGACAAAUGGGAUUACAUCAAACUAAAAAUCUUUUGCACAGCAAAUAAAACAAUCAACUACUGAAGAUGAAAAUACAACCUACAAAAUAGGAGAAAAUAUUUGCAAACUAUGCUCUAACAAGAAGCUAAUAUUCAGAAUAUAUAAAGAACUCAAACAACUCAAUAGCAGAAAAACAAUGUAAUUUAAAAAUGGGCACAGGCCAGGCAUGGUGGCUCACGCCUGUAAUCCCAGCACUUUGGGAGGCCGAGGCGGGUGGAUCACGAGGUGAGGAGAUUGAGACCAUCCUGGUUAACACGGUGAAACCCCGUCUCUACUACAAAAUAGAAAAAAUUAGCUGGGCAUGGUGGCGGGCGCCUGUGGUCCCAGCUACUCGGGAGGCUGAGGCAGGAGAAUGGCAUGAACCCAGGAGGUGGAGCUUGCAGUGAGCCGAGAUCAUGCCACUGCACUCCAGCCUAGGCAACAGAGCAAGACUCCAUCUCAAAAAAAAAAAAAAAAAAAAAAAAAGGGCACAAUGCCUGGAUAGAUAGCUCUUAAAAGAAGACUUACAGAUGGCUAACAAGUACAUGAAAAAAUGUUCAAUACCAUUAAAUACUAGGGAAAUACAAGUCAAAACCACAAUAAAAUGUCAUCUCACUGUAGUUAGAAUGACUAUCAUAAAAAGACAAAAAAUAACAAAUGCUGGUGUGGAUGUGGAGAAAGGGGAACGCUUAUAUACUGCUGCUAGGAAUGUAAAUUAGUACAGCCAUUAUGGUAAACAGUAUGUAGGAUCCUCAAAAAAUUAAAAAUAGAAUUACCAUAUGACCCAGCCAUCCCAUUACUGACUAUAUAAUAUACUCAAAAGAUUUGAAAUAUGACCCAGCCAUCCCAUUACUGACUAUAUACUCAAAGGAUUUGAAAUUAUAUGUCAAAGAGAUGCCUGUACCCCUAUUUACUGCAGCACUAUCCACAGUAGCCAAGAGAAGGAAUCAACCUAAAUGUCUAUCAAUGAAUGAAUGGAUGAAAAACCAUGUGAUAUACAGGCAUACCUCAUUGUAUUGCACUUCACUUUAUUGUACUUUGCAGAUACUGUGAUUUUUAUAAAUUAAAGGUUUGUGUCAACCCUG